AUAACUUGCGAACAGUGACAGCAGUUGUAAGUCCAUCAAUGUCGCGGUUGCCAAGGCACAAACGACAGCAUGUAUACGAAGCCUGGGGCAGAAAUGGCUGCAGUUAGUCUGGCCUAGAAACUUGCAAACAUACUGCACAGCGCUCCUGUUUACUACUCUUAAAGCAGACGUAGAUGAGCGGAGGAGGAACCGCAGCAGAACACGAAGCGUGCGCGCACAGGGCAUCACGGCGCCGUCCCGCGCAGCCAGCAUGUGCGUCCACAUCCCGCAGGGGGCAGCACGUGGAAAACCAAGGCUCACAUUAAGGCGCACUCAGGCUUAACGCGCCCCAGCCGCGACCGGGAACCUUAUGGGGCCUUCCGCGGCACACACCGCGCGCUGCACGGCGCCAAGGCUCGCCACCCGCCCGGGGCCCGCGGGGAACACGUGGGCGCGGCCUCGUUAGCGUGCAUGGAACUCCGACUGCAUCGAUCGCAGGCUCACGGAGCCGACCCAUCCGGGGUUCUCUAGACUGAGCUGCUUGACACUGAAGGGAUCUUGAGCGUUAAUAAACAUUGGCUUCUGCGGGAGGCCGCUCCCGACUCGGAGCUGCCCGCCCGCUCGCGGGCAGAUGCCAGCUCCCUCCGGGGCGCGCGCGCGCGCGGCGUCUCGGCGCUCGACUGGCCAGGCCUGCAGCGCGGGAUCUGAGCGGCCCGCCGUUGUUGUAGUGACCGGCAGGUGCUGCGGCUCCCGGCAGACGGUUCCGGGCGCCGCGGGGUCCCCUCCUCCCCUGCCCCGUCCCCUUCCCCGGCGCCCCGCUCCUGCAUGGCCUCCGCCCGGGAGGACCCCGCCCUGGAGCGCUGCUUUAAAGCCCACAAGGCCGCGGUCACCUCGGUGGACUUCAGCCCGCACGGCCGACAGCUCGCUACUGCCUCUUGGGACACCUUUCUCAUGCUAUGGAAUUUGAAGCCACAAGCUAGAGCUUACAGAUAUGUGGGUCACAAGGAUGUGGUAACCAGCGUGCAGUUUUCUCCACGUGGAAACUUAUUGGCAUCUGCCUCCCGAGACAGAACCGUUAGACUCUGGAUUCCUGAUAAGCGAGGGAAAUCCUCAGAAUUUAAAGCUCACACAGCUCCAGUUCGAAGUGUGAAUUUUUCAGCUGAUGGACAGUUUCUGGUUACAGCGUCUGAAGACAAAUCCAUCAAAGUAUGGAACAUGUACCGCCAGCGCUUCUUGUAUUCCUUGUACCGACACACACACUGGGUGCACUGCGCCAAAUUUUCACCUGAUGGAAGACUAAUUGUGUCGUGUAGUGAGGAUAAAACUGUUAAAAUUUGGGAUACCACAAAUAAGCAGUGUGUUAAUAACUUCUCAGACUCCGUAGGGUUUGCAAAUUACGUGGACUUUAACCCAGAUGGUACAUGUAUAGCCUCAGCAGGAUCUGAUCACACGGUGAAAAUCUGGGAUAUAAGAGUGAACAGAUUAUUGCAGCACUAUCAAGUUCACAGUGGUGGAGUUAAUUGUAUAUCAUUCCAUCCUUCGGGUAAUUACCUCCUCACGGCCUCUUCAGAUGGAACACUUAAGCUUCUGGAUCUCUUAGAAGGAAGACUCAUAUACACGCUUCAAGGACAUACGGGCCCUGUCUUUAGUGUUUCAUUUUCAAAAAGUGGAGAGCUGUUUUCAUCAGGAGGUGCGGAUACACAGGUCUUAUUAUGGAGGACUAACUUUGAUACAUUGCAAAGUAAAGAUCUUAAGAGAAAUCUCAAAAGACUGCAUUUUGAUUCGUCACCACACCUUCUUGAUAUCUAUCCAAGAACACCACAUCCCCACGAGGGAAAAAUUGAGACUAUCGAAAUUAACCCAAAGCGUGAGGUAAUUGAUUUGCAGAUUUCUUCUCCUCCAGUUGUGGACAUCAUCUCUUUUGAUUCUACCACAACAGCGGAAACCACUGUUAGAACUGUGCCAGUCAAGGGUGAAGAGAGCUGUGGCUACUUCUUGAACCCCUCCUUAACAUCACCAGAAUGUUUACCAGCAGCUGUGAAAAAGAGAACAGACGACACGAGCGACCUGCCCUCUGAGAGUCAGAGAAGCAUCCCACUCGCCGUGACAGAUGCCCUGGAGCAUAUCAUGGAGCAGCUCCAUGUUCUGACUCAGACUGUUUCAAUUUUGGAGCAGCGACUGACUUUGACAGAGGAUAAGCUGAAAGAUUGCCUAGAAAACCAGAGAAAGCUUUUCGGUGCUGUCCGGAGGAGUUGAAUGGGGAGGAGUGAGUGGAGGCACCAUGAGGAGUCAGAGGCGCGUCCUCGGGAAGGCGAUGCAGGCUGCGCUCCCACAGACCCUGUCAGGACACGUCCUCCCCGGAGCAUCAGAGCCCAAGGCCGAAGAGCCGAACUUAAGGACAAUGUCAGCAUGUGACUCAGUGUCAGCGACUCGCUUAAGUCCCCAGCUAUGACCGCAGUAAUAAACUGGUAAGCAUCCAAGUGCCUCUGCAUUUCCCCCCAUAUUAUUUUAAAUGUCAGUUUCCUUUGUAGUCAAACCUGCCAGAAAAGUAACCAAAUCUCUGUAUCUCAUUGUUCGGGCACUCCAGAUGUACAUGCUCAGGCACUUUCUUAAUUAACGUCUCUUUAGUGAGCACACUCUUGGAGAGCGGUGAUUCGCUUGCUUCCAAAACAGCACCCUAAGUGUGGAGAAUGAUUCUACUGAUCUGACUCCUCUUUCUUUCAGCUCAAAAAAAAAAAAAAAAAAAAAAGCUUUUCAAAGCUCUUACUAACGCUCUGAAAAGAUGAUCUAAUAAAAAUUUCCAGGCCAAGGAUUUCCACAGCAGAAAUGCACUUAUUUUAAUUAGCGACAGGUACGUACAGAGCAUGGGGCCGUGCGCCUUUGCUUAGCUUGUGUCUGCAGGGUCCGUCCAGCAGCCAAGCAGCCCCGUGUCACAGGCGUGUGCAGUGAGCGGGUCACGCCGAGCCUGUGCCGCAGCCCACCUUGGUCACACUGCAGCACCAGGGCAGUGCAACAGCUGCGUACACGUGUGUCCACACUUCAGAAAUGCUGUGCAGGGUGACCUGGGCAGCUGAGUAAGGCACGCUUUGAAAAAGGACAUUUGCAUCACCUAUAUUUUUAAUGAAUUAUGACUUGAAACAAGAUGAAAAUGAGGCAGGCAUUCUAGAAGAUCUUGGUUGCAAAUUAAGGCUGUGUUUUAUCUUAAAACUGAGAUGAAAGUUCAAAAAGCAGGAAAAUUGUUGCUUCCUUUUCCAUUUAUCUGUCAAGAACAAAGGUGAGAAAGCUAGAUUUAGGAUCUCUAGUGAAUGCUGUAUUUUAGAAAAUAAGAAAAAGUAAAGUCCUAUUUAUGUGGGAUUCAGUAUUGAGAAAUUUUUUCUCAAAGCAGUUUCAACUGUACCUGUGAGUGGCUUUUCUUACUGUCACACUGGAUGUUGUAAGUGCAUUUUAUAUCACAUUAAAUGGGAUCUUCUAGAUGUUUUCAAGAGUUGACAAAAACUGAAUGGCAUUAUAUUUUUAAAACCUCACCGAGAAGAAAUGUCAUGACAACUUUUUUAUAUUUCAAACAAUAAAGAUACUUUUCCU